UGUUAAGUUACUGCAAGAGUGACCGCGGAAUGCUCGGUCAGGUUGUCAGACGAAGCUCAUUUCCUCCGAACGCUAAUCCUAAAGCUAAAAAAAACGAUUGGACCCCCUAAAAAUUCGUAGAUCUUUAACCUAAUACUUUAUUACAUCCGAGUCCCCUGACUUGGUUCUAACUCUUCCUUUUCGAAUAUCCUCGUUCGCUUUUCCGUUCCUUCGCAAGUCUUCCUUCUACGCGAGGAUUUAUUUAUUCCUCCGAGUUGCUUCAUUUCUUUAUUCUCUAAUAAUUUGUCACUCCUUGAAACUAAGUUAUAAACUUCGCACAAGCAAAAAUGCCUGGUCGAACGCUGCCGACCCUCACGAAAGCUGAGGUUGAGUCGCACAACAGCGAGAGGUCUUGCUACGUCACAAUCGGUACCAACGUUUACGAUGUGACCGACUUCGUCGAAUCCCACCCCGGUGGCCCCGACCUGAUUCUCGAGUACGCUGGAAAAGAUAUCACUGCGAUUCUAAAGGACGAAAUUUCCCACAGGCACUCCGAUUCAGCAUACGAGAUCUUGGAAGAGUAUCAGACCGCCUUUUUGGUUACGGAUAAGCUCGCGCCCAACGGAGAUGUACAGAAGAAGAUCGCCGACCCCCAGACCAAUAACAAACUCUCCCCUUCUGUUCACCCGCGAACGGGAAUGACCUGCGAGGAAGACCUGAGCAAGGAUACAGACUACAGCACCGACUACAAGGAACACAAGUUCCUCGACUUGAAUAAGCCCCUCUUGAUGCAAGUAUGGUUCGGUGGCUUCAGCAAGAGGUUCUAUCUUGACCAGGUUCAUCGACCAAGGCACUACAAGGGCGGUGCCUCCGCACCUCUGUUCGGAAACUUCCUCGAACCCCUCAGUCUGACCCCUUGGUGGCUUGUUCCUAUGAUUUGGCUUCCUGCGAUUGCCUACGGCGUUUACCUAGCCUCUCAAGGAUACGACAGCAACCUAGGAUUGGCUACUAGCUUCGCUAGUGGUGUGCUCUUGUGGACUCUCAUAGAAUAUGUUCUGCACCGAUGUCUUUUCCAUCUUGACGAAUAUCUACCGGAUAACAGAGUUGGAAUCACGCUGCAUUUUCUACUUCAUGGUGUACAUCACUACCUCCCGAUGGACAAGUACCGUCUAGUGAUGCCCCCGACGCUCUUUGUGGUACUCGCAACCCCCUUCUGGAAGCUUGCGCACUCAAUAUUCUUUUGGGAUUGGUACCUCGCCACAGCUGUCUACUGCGGCGGUAUCUUCGGAUAUGUCUGCUACGAUCUGACUCACUACUUCCUGCACCACCAAAACCUCCCUCUCUGGUACAAGGACCUCAAGAAGUACCACCUUGCUCAUCACUUCCUAGACUACGAACUGGGCUUCGGCGUAACCAGCCGAUUCUGGGAUCGGGUGUUCGGCACCGAGCUAGUCACCGUGGUUAAGACGGCCUAGGUCUUGACCGGUGCUUCAUAAGAGACCCAUUCUGCAUACAUGGGCAUGGCGAUAUGUAUUGAAUGGGCAUAAUGUGAAAAUGGAACUGGGGAGUGAGAUUCUAGGCAUAAGAUCGGCAGAUUUUGGCGUUUGGUACCUAGUAUGAUCCGGAAGUAUGGAAAUAUUCAGCUUAAUCCGCACUCGACUCAUACCUCUAAUAAUUAAUGAUUUGUUUAAAGUAAUUGGUUCCUAGGUUCCUAAGUAGCUUGCUUAAAAGAAAUGACGGAGAAAUAUACCCCUUAUUAACCGCAGGUA